AUUUAAAAUAGAGACAGCGUCAGUAUUACUGAUUUUUCUUUUGCCUCAGGUUCCAGUAUGGCUUGGCACAGAGUGUCAUUAUGUAAGGGAUAUGGUGGGAGGGAGGAUGCAGAUAAGGGGCAUACUAAGGAGUGAAUUGAAGUUGUGGGAGUUGAAGCACUGAGUGCAGACUCUUCCUUCAUAAGGUUCCAUUUAUGUGAAGGGAAAUAAAGUGAAAGGGUGGUUGGCCUUGGGAUCUCAGGCUUAAGGUCUUUUUUGUUUUAUUUCUUUUUUUAAUAUUGGAGAGACUUGAACAUGUUUAUAAGCUGGAGGUAGAGAGAGGUUGAUGAAAGAGUGUUUGUAGGGGCUCACAGAGACAGAGGGCAUGGGGGGUAUGGGGUGGAUGGCCCUGGAAAGGUGAAGGGCAGCAGGUGAUGGCCCCACAAUGGGAAGGUGGAAGGUUGUGGAAACUUAUGCCUGAUAAAUGGCAAGGUCAACUGAUGAGGGAUGGCACUAGUAGGUGGUGAAAGUUAGAGCUGUUAGGCAGCUGUGGAGAUGGAGCUGACCAAGGUCCUGUAAAAGUAGUUGCUGAGUGACAGUAAGGACCAGGUCAGGUUGAAAGCCACAGGGGUUUGGUGUGAUCUUUCCCUCUCUCCUUGGCAUGACUUGCUACUCUAAAUGUAUGAGUGGAGGAGGCUUACCAUCCAAAGAUGGGAUGCUGGGGUGGCCAACUAUCCUGGUUUUCCCAGGACUGAGGAGUUUCCUGAUGAUACAGACAGGACUUUUAGUGCUAAAACUGGAAAGUUCUGGCAAAUCAGGACGAGUCAUAUACCGAAGAGCUGGUGGUCAGGAGGCAAAAGGGCAAGAUAAUUGCAGGUGUUGGUCAGAGAGAGUUAGCAUGUGCUCUAGGAUCAGUCCAGGGAGAAAAGGAAGUGAGGCCAUUACCUGGUAGCAACUUGUGAAGACUCCAGUUAUUCACUGAUUCUUUCAGCAAAUACUAAUUGAGUGCCUACUAUGAGUCAGGCACUGGGGUCCUUGCCCAGGAUUUAACCACAAAGAAGAUAAAAAUGUCCUCAUAGAUUAUCCUUCUGUGGUGGCUAAGGUCAGUUGGUGCUCAGGACCCAUUCCCAUCUCUGCCUAGAGGAUGGAACAUUACAAACUGCAUUUCCUAGACUCCUUUACAACUGGGAUGUAAACUAAGUUCUGCCAACUAGGUGCAGUCAGGCAAGAUUUGUAAACAGAAUCAAGGUAAAGCCUAACAGCUGGCUGCUCUUGUUAGUUUCUCUGUUGGCAAGCAUGGUGGUGGUGAGGUAGGGAUUUGGGCAGUAGCAGUUACCAUGUCCACUCACCAGAUUUAGAGGUGUUGGAAGCAGGUGGUGUGGUCGGAUGCUUUCUGAUUUCUGGGUCACUCCAAUGCAGGUGAGCCCAGCACUCCCAGUGACAGCCUCCUGACUCCCCACUGCCCUGGCUGAACCAAGAUCUUUCUGGGUAUAGAGGAGGUUUUUUCAGAAGCCCAGGCGAGAGCCAUUUCCUCCAGCCCUUACAACAGUUUUGGAAGCACCUGUAUUACAUGUAUUUCUACUGAAAAUACCUGGAGUGUUUUUUGUUUCUAGAACCUGAUACCACCCCUGCUAUUAGUCAGGGUUGUGGAUUUUAACUCUGGUGACAUCAGUUUUGUUUAGUUUUUUUAAAUGGCAACGGUCCCAUGACCUCCAUGUGAGAAAUGAAACUGGAACCGGUCUUAGUUGCUUUGGUUGUGAAGAUUGGGGACAGUUUGAAGCACUGUGGAGAUUUUGUGUAGGUGUGGAAAAGAAGAAUUAAACUAGAAUUUGCCAGUAAGGGGAGAAAAAGAAAAGGGGGAUUUCUUACAAAUUUUAGAAAACAUACCCAGAUGCCAGUUUUGUCUGGCUAGAGAAGGUGAACUGCUUAAAACAGUAGCGUGAAACCAAACUGACAGAAUAUUAACCGAUCAGGAGGACUGGGUAUUUGAAAACAAGAAAGAAAAAGAGUUGGAUUUGGAUCCCCACUUUGUCUCUCAGCAGCUGCAAGUGAACUUCUAAGGAGAACUCCUCCAUUGGAAAGGGGAUUUUGAAAGAAAUGAAGAAAACCAUCAGAAAUGAUGUCAGCAGCCUCAUGGCCUUUUGUUGACUGGAGUGGAGUUUUAUUAUUGCAUUUCCUUGGAAUGACACUGCGCAGGAUGUCUGCUGAAGUCAUCUAUCAGGUUGAAGAGGCACUUGAUGAAGACGAGAAGGAAACGAUUCUUUUUUUGUGCCGGGACAUUGCUGCAGAUGUUGUUCCCCUUAAUGUCAGGGACCUUCUGGAUAUUUUAAGUGAGAGAGGAAAGCUGUCUGCCAUGGGCUUGGCUGAGCUACUGUACAGAGUGAGGCGGUUUGACUUGCUCAAGCGGAUUUUGAAGAUGGACAAAAGGGCGGUGGAGACGCACCUGCUCAGGCACCCUCAGCUUGUUUCAGACUAUAGGGUGUUGAUGACAGAGAUUGGUGAAGAUUUGGACAAAUCUGAUGUGUCCUCAUUAAUUUUCCUCAUGAGGGAUCAUAUGGGCCGAAGCAAGGUAGCCAAGGAUAAGAGUUUCCUAGAUCUUGUGAUUGAAUUGGAGAAGCUAAAUCUGAUUGCUCCAGAUCGAUUGGAUUUAUUAGAAAAAUGCUUAAAGAACAUCCACAGAAUAGACCUGAAGACAAAAGUCCAGAAAUACAAGCAGUCUGCUCAAGGAGGUGAAACAAGUUAUAUAAGUACACUCCAGGCAUCUCUCCCAAAUUUGAGUCUUAAGGAUCCUUCAUAUAACUUAAGGCUCCAGAAUGGGAGAAGUAAUGAACAAAGACUCAAUGUGGGACAACCUGAUACUCAGAGAGAAUCAGUGAAGACAUCCAUUCAGGAAUCAGGAACAUCUCUACCUCAGCACAUACAAGAGAGAUAUAGGAUGCAGAGCAAGCCCCUGGGAAUCUGCCUGAUAAUUGACUGCAUUGGCAAUGAUACAGAGUUUCUUCGGGACACUUUUACUUCCUUGGGCUAUGAAGUCCAGUAUUUUUUGUACCUGCAUGUGGAGAGUAUAAUCCAGAUUCUUCGCCAAGUUGCCUGCAUGCCCCAACACCAAGACUACGACAGCUUUGUGUGUGUCCUGGUGAGCCGAGGUGGCUCCCACAGCGUGUUUGGCGUGGAUCAGACACAGCCAGGGUUCCCUUUGGAUCAGAUCAGGAGGAUGUUCAUGGGAGAUGCAUGCCCUUCUCUCUUAGGGAAGCCAAAGCUCUUUUUUAUUCAGAACUAUGUGGUGUCAGAGGGCCAACUAGACAGCAGCAGCUUCCUGGAGGUGGAUGGGCCAGCAGUGAACAAUGUGGAGUCCAAGGCCAGGCAGCCUGCGCCCUGUACCAUCCACCGAGAAGCUGACUUCCUCUGGAGCCUGUGCACAGCAGACGUGUCCCUGUUGGAACGGUCCUCCAGCUCACCGUCGUUGUACCUGAAGUGCCUUUCCCAGAAACUGUGGCAAGAAAGAAGACGCCCACUCUUGGAACUCCACAUUGAACUCAACAGCAGUGUGUAUGAUUGGAACAGCAAAGUGUCUGCUAAGGAGAGGUACUACGUCUGGCUGCAGCACACUCUGAGAAAGAAACUCAUCCUCUCUUGCAAAUGAAAAGCCAAAAGACUUUCUUAGCUCUGCAGUCUCCAUCACUAGCCCCAAGUAGUUUUCAAGCAAAU